GCACCCGCUACAAACUGAAGACGGGACGUGCUUUUACGAAGCCCUGGCGCGGCCCGCCCCCAUGGCUGCCCUCAUGUGGCUGCUGGUUGAGGCCACAGGGCCACGCGGGGAUGGCAGAGGCGGCGGCGGCGGCGGCGGCUCUGAGCCGCUCUGGCUGGCAGCUGCGACGCAGAGGGACCGCCGGGGGAUAGCGGUGCUGGCCGCCACGCUGGCGGAUGGCGCAAUGAAGUUUGUAAGCAUUCGUGCUUCGAACGCGGGGGGCAGUGACGAUGCGGACAACAAGCAGCGGCGGCGCUCCGCCGUCGCGCUCGCCGAGGCGUUCUGUGCCGCGCCCGGAGCCGUGGCGGCCUUGAUUGCCGCCGCCACGAGCGAGGAGCUGCUGCGGCGGCCGGACGGCCCUGCCUUCGGGUUGUUUUGGCUGGUGAGCCACAUUGGGCAGACUGUGGCGCCACUGAGGGUCUCGGAAGAGCUGACGGCUUGCGUCGCCUCGCAGCUGGAGCCGUGCGCGGCUGAAGCCGCCGCGCUAGCCUGCCAGGCCCUGCGGGCCGAGGCGGCCAGCG